ACUGAUGCUUGGUGGAUGCAGAGCAGGGGAUUUCCACCAUCUUCCUGAUUCUUUCUUCCUCCUCAACCUUCAUCCUCCUCCUCUUUAAACAGCUGGAGCGUCUCCUCUUGUGCCUCGCCGCUUCUCAACACCAGGAUGUGGAACUCAGCUGCUUUGCUUCUCACUGGUUUUUCAGCGCUGAUCCACGUGUCGCUUCAGGGUCCACACCAGCGGAACCUGCUGAAGAACCUUCUGAAAGACUACAACCGGAUGGAGCGGCCGGUGGGAAACGACUCGCACCCGAUCACUGUCAUCUUUACUCUCAGCUUGAUACAGAUCAUGGAUGUGGAUGAAAAGAACCAAGUUCUCACCUCGAACAUGUGGCUGCGCAUGAGCUGGUAUGAUCAUUAUCUCCAGUGGAACCAGACUGAACACCCUGGAGUGAAAAACCUUCGAUUUACAACUGACCAAAUCUGGACACCAGACAUUCUUCUCUAUAACAGUGCAGAUGACGACUUUGACUCCACAUUUAAGACCAAUGUUCUGGUCAACUCCAGUGGCUAUGCUGAAUAUCAACCUCCAGGGAUCUUCAUGAGCACCUGCAAUGUGGACGUUCGCUGGUUUCCCUUCGACAUCCAGCGGUGUAAGCUGAAGUUUGGCUCAUGGACGUACGACGGCUGGUUGCUGGACCUACAGGUGAAUGAUGCCGACAUUUCGGGCUACAUGGCCAACGGAGAAUGGGACCUCAUUGGGGUUCCUGGCACCCGGAAUGAGUUAUUCUACGACUGCUGUAAGGAGCCUUAUCCGGAUGCCACUUACAUUGUUACGAUACGACGACGAACUCUCUACUACGCGUUGAAUCUGCUCAUCCCUUGUGUGCUGCUGUCUUCAAUGACCCUGCUCAUCUUUGUGCUGCCGGCAGACUCUGGGGAGAAGAUCUCACUGGGUAUCACCGUCUUACUUUCGCUCACAGUUUUCAUGCUGCUUGUGGCCGAAAUCAUGCCGGCAACUUCUGAUUCUGUGCCUCUCAUAGGCCAAUACUUUGCCAGCAUCAUGAUCAUUGUUGGGAUGUCUGUCGUUGCUACAGUGGUGGUUCUACAGUACCAUCACCAUGAUCCAAACGGAGGACACAUGCCAAAAUGGGUGCGACUGGUCCUUCUUCAGUGGGUGGCCUGGUUUUUACGUAUGAAGCGACCUGGAGAGAACGACAACCCAGAGCGGCCGCCCUGUGCUCCACACCUGCGACGCUGCUCUUCGGGAUCCCACAGUGGAAGCAUCCCCAACCCUCCUGACCCCACUCUCCAUCCACUGCACCCACAGAACUUGGCUCCAAUUCAAACAGGACCGCUUCAUGGAGGACACCCUCACCUCCACACGCAAUCUAGCGCAAACAACAAUGGGAACCUCAUUUACAUGGGCUUCCAAAGUAUGGAGGAGUCGUCCGUACACUCAGAACCUGUCCAGAGGAAUAACAUCUCUGCCGGACCUCCUAGAGUGGCAGGGAGCCCGCCUCCGCACCUCCCAUCUCAGUUUUGUAGUUCCCCACCCCCACCCACCCCUAAUGCAGACACUGUGGGUUGUCCAAGCACUGUAUCGAGUGGAGGGGGCUUCGGAGGUGGAGCAGGGCUGGGAGGAUGUUCUUCAGCUGGAAUCGGAGACCCCCAGCUUCAAGCCAUCUUAGAAGAAGUGCGCUACAUGGCAGACCGCUUCAGGGAGCAGGAUGAGACUGAAAGCAUGGCUGAUCAGUGGAAGUUUGCCGGUGCUGUCAUCGACCGCUUGUGUCUGGUGGCGUUCAGUGUUUUCAACAUAAUAUGCACCAUCUCCAUCUUGAUGUCCGCUCCAAACUUUGUGGAAGCUAUUUCUAAAGACUUUGUUUGAAAUCCAAGAACAGGGAAAAGGGUACGAGACGCAUGAAAGAACGGUGGAAUAUCGGAUGAAGGCUAGUGUGGGCAGUGUUCCAGGAAAACACAAUUUUCUGGGGACUAAAGGUACUGUGAUUUGUGACCUCGAGGAGCUAGGAAAUGGAAAAACAAAUUGUUUUCUUUGUGAUAUGUCGUGUUUCGUCAGAUGUGUGGGAGAAUCGGAGCUGAGUUAAUACAAAGUUGCUUAUUGGUUUCUUGACGCAGCAAAAUGGAUUGAGAUUAAUAACGAAACUGAGAAGAGGCAGGAGGAAAGUAAAUGAAAGUGAAAAUAAAAAUCGAAUGCAACUUUGACAAAGUCUUACAAGGGAAACUGACUAUCAGGAGGAAAAGGAAAGGCAGAUAGAUUGAACCUGAUAAGUAAGAGAUGUUUCUCUGCCUUUUUGCUACUUAUUUUCCCAAAGACGGAAGACAGCCCUUCACUCCCACGCGUUGGAAAAAAAAGUAGAUCUUUUAAAAAGAUGUGUCGAGGAGCAGGCGGGUAAAGAAGAAUAACAUUGCGCAAGGACAGAGAACAAAGAACAGCGGUAAAGGAAAAAGACUUUAUCCCUUGCGACACCGGCAGACUGAGGCAGAGUUUCUAGUUUGAUGUCGAUACACACACUGUGGACGAAAGAUCAAGAACAUGACGGGACAGACGAACACCAGGAGCUCAUCUUGGAUUUAAUCUCAUCUGUCUAAUGACCGUCACGUUGGACGUCCUCAGUUUAUCCUUAGAAUGAAACAUCAUUAGAAAAAGAUGAAGUUAUUACCGGAGCGAAUUCCCACGGCCUUAUCUUUGGGGGCACAAUUACCAAUCUUCAGCAAUCUGCAGAGAUCAAAAGCUCCUUCACAGAGGGCACACUGAGCGACGCUCAUAUCAGCAAAAUAGAGGCAGGUAGUCGGGGCAGAGUGGAGCCCAGGCAUAACAAUCUCUCCUUUAGAAGCAACCUAAAUGUCACUAAUGGUUUCCACAACAGACACACAAGUCAAAUUGGACUUGACUUCAGUAUUUAAGGGUGGCUUUCGGAGGCUCGAGCUGUGUUUCAAUGAAAAGUGUCAUCCUCUCUUUCUGAUUUUAUUUAUGUAUUUAUUUUGUAUCAAAAGAAACAAUUUAAUAUUGACUAUAAUAUUGAUGCAUUUCACACAGCAAAACAAAUAAUGAAAAUUGAUGAAUAAAAAAAACUGCCUUAAGGUAUUUGCAUUAGUUUCAGACAAGGUUAAAUGUGUUUCUAAAUUUCAGGGCCACGACUGAGGAGAACAGAUUACAAUUGGUGUUGGCUAAAGAAGACACAGAAGAUUAAAAAGCAUCAGGGAGAGGAUUUUAAACAACACUGCUGGACUCAGAUGUAUUGGAAUCUGCUCCAACAUGUGCUACAUGAGGGUUUAAAACCAAUGGUGACUCUUUGAAUUUGGAAUGUUGUCAGUACGAAACAACCCAGCAACUGAUGAUAUGUGACCAUCAUUCAUAAUACUUCACAACAAUGUUGCAAAUGCAUCUUUAAAGUACAGAAUAUUCCUAUCUGAACAUAUUAAUGCUUUCCAUUAGACCUCUUGUUUGGCAGGUACCUAUGCACUGACUAUGCUCCUUUUAUGUUAGAAUUCAAAAAUUAAUCAAAACGAGUAUUCAUCUGCGUGAAGCCUGAGAUUAAGAGAUCACAGUAUUGUGUGUGCAAGCGUUACACAUUGUGGAAAAGCGGCGAAUGAGGCAAUACAAAUUAGUUCCAAGGACAGGUAUUAAAGUAUUUCAAACUUUGAAGAGUCUCAUCUACACAAAUGGCAUCCAGAUACCCCCCACCUACGUUACGUACAGAAACGUAGGUGGGGGGUAUUCGUAGGUAUAGGUAUUCUGUUAAGGAUUCUGCUGUCAGAUGAUUUUUCUGGAACAAUUACCUGGAUCUUAUUUUUGAGUUUAUGUUUUGGACUAACUCACCGUUUCAAUCACUAUACACUACAACACCAUCAUCAGCAGCAGUUGUUUCAUGUUAAAAAACAACAUGUAACUGCUACUCGACAUGAAAUCUGGACACUGAGUUCUGGAACCUUGACGGGGGCACAACAAUGACAUGAUGACUGAGGUUAUGAAAAGGCAUUGUGUCAUUUAUGUUUUUUGUAUUUUCUCACUGUG